AAGAAAGGAGGCAGAGCUUGCUGCAGACCCACUCCCUCUCCCUCUCCUCCCCUCCCGCUUCCACUGAGGCACAGAGAGCAUUCUCUCUCUCUCUCUCCCUCCAUCUCCAUCUCCAUCUCUCUCUUUCCCUUUUCUCUUCUCCUUCUCUCUUUCCUCUGAGAGGGAUUACGUGAAACACCCUGUGAACAAAUUAAAAAUACCCACUCAUGUUUUAUUGAGUGUCAAGCCUCUAGUCAGUCGAGUGCCCGUACCAGAGAGCGCAACUGAAGGUGUGUGUGAGUGUGUGUCCAGGCUGCACUGUCCGUGAGUGCGCAUGAGUUGGAGCAGGCGUGUGUGAGGAGCGUCGUCGGGUCUUCUGUGGCAUUCCGGUGGGUCAGAGGUUUCGGAGCGGUGGCGGUCUCGUGAGUGGUGAAGUGACCAUGCUGAGGAAGAGGGGCUCGCAGGAGCAACUGAUGGACCGCGAGGUGCUGCUGGACCUGGACUACACCGGGGAGACCCAGAGCGCUGGGGACGGCUACGGGAGCCUGCAGAAUGGAGGCUUCAUCCCACCCCGAUAUCUUACGGCCGCCGCUGAUGACGACGAUGACCCCAUCUACAUCCACAGCUACAACCCACAGAGCGAGCCGGCCGCAGCGCCUAAAGGCAAUUACUUCAGAGAUGGGAAGACCAAAAUAGACUUUGUGCUGGUGUGGGAGGUGAAAUCGCGGCGGAAGCGACGCUCCCGGGCGAAGUCUCAGGGCGAGGCGGCGGUGCCCGGCGAGGAGGCCGCUCACGAAGAGAGCCGCACGGAGAAGAAGAGGGCCAUGCAGGCGAAGCUCAGGGAGAGGUUCAUCCACCACCUCCAGAGCUCAGGGCUGCUCAUGGAGAAGGAGGAAUCCACCAGUGCGAAGAAGACGGUCCACUACCUGAAGCUCAGCGCUCCCUGGGACGUUCAGGUGUACUACGCUGAGGAGUUGUGUCUCCGGGCCCCGCUGCAGGCACAACCAAAUCCAGAAUUCAACACAUCAGCCCGGGUGCUUAAGAAGCUGUGUGUGCCGAACAUCAUGGCAGACUCUGUGCCAAACAGGCCAGUGGACUACUACACGUGUGCCUUCCGCAAGUCCAAAAUGGACAAGUUUCUUGGCUCUGAAAAUCAAGAAACUUAUUUCACCAACAAACAGAGACAUCGGAUAGUGUACGAGAUUCUGGCGCGGGCCCCGUACGGCAAGCGCAAGCGAGCGGAGGUGGGGGUAGCUCGCCUGCUGAACGAGGGGGCCUUCACAGCGGCCUUCCCCCUGCACGAGGGCCCGUUUGAGCUGCCCGACUACGAGGUGCAGCCCGACCAGCUGAAUCAGAGGCAGGUCCUCUACCACUACUGGGCCCGCUGGUCAAAGUGGUACAAGUACCAGCCUCUGGACCACAUCCGCGAGUAUUUCGGGGAGAAGAUCGCACUUUAUUUCGCAUGGCUUGGUUUCUACACAGCGUGGCUUCUUCCUGCCGCCCUGGUCGGCACGUUCGUCUUCGUGUCGGGGAUCAUGACCAUGGGCUCCAACACGCCCGCUAAAGAAAUCUGCGAGAGUGGCGGCCGUUAUCUGAUGUGCCCACUUUGUGAGACCUGCAAGCCCUGGAACAUGUCAGACAUCUGUCCCAUGGCCAAGGUGGGCUACCUCUUUGACCACCCCGGCACGGUCUUCUUCAGCAUCUUCAUGUCCCUGUGGUCCGUCACAUUCUUGGAGUACUGGAAACGCAAGAACGCCACCCUGGCCCACCACUGGGACUGCAUGGACUUCCAUGAGGAAGAGGAGCGUCCCAGGCCGGAGUUUGCCGCCAUGGCGCCGGGCAUGGAGCAGAACCCGGUGACGGGCGUGAAGGAGCCCUACUUCCCGGAGAAGGCGCGCAUCUCGCGCAUGCUGACCGGCUCUAUGGUCAUCAUCAUAAUGCUGUGUGUGGUGAUGAUCUUCCUGGUGACGGUCAUCAUCUACAGGAGUAUCGUGAGUGUGAUGAUGUAUGAGACGGGCAGUUCCGUGUUGCGGACUCAGGCUGGGAACAUUGCCAACAUCUCAAGCAGUAUGGUGAACUUGGCUCUCAUUCUGCUGAUGGGGCAGGUGUACACUGCAUUAGCAGAACAGCUCACUAAAUGGGAAAUGCACCGAACGCAGACCCAGAAUGAAGAUGCGUUCACCUUCAAAGUGUUCAUCUUCCAGUUUGUCAACUUCUACUCGUCUCCUUUCUAUGUGGCAUUCUUCAAGGGAAGAUUUGUGGGAUACCCAGGCCACUAUGGUACUUUGUUUGGGAUGAGAAAUGAGGACUGUGGGCCGGGAGGCUGCCUUAUUGAGCUGGCAGAGCAGCUGUUUAUCAUCAUGGUGGGAAAGCAGCUCAUCAACAACAUGCAGGAAUUUGUGAUCCCAAAAGUGAAAGCGUGGCGGCAGAAGAGAGCCUUGGCGUCUGUGAGGAAAGCUCAAGUCUCCCACGAGCCUCAGCGGUGGGAGCAGGAUUAUGAGCUGAUUGAGUGCGAGGGCUUGUUUGAGGAGUAUCUGGAGAUUGUCCUGCAGUUUGGCUUCAUCACCAUCUUCGUGGCCGCGUUCCCUCUGGCACCACUGUUCGCUCUGCUCAACAACUGGGCCGAGGUGAGACUGGACGCCCACAAGUUUGUGUGUGAGUACCGUCGGCCGGUGGCCGAGCGCGCCCAGAAGAUUGGCGUGUGGUUCACCAUCCUAGAGGCGCUGUCUCACCUGUCCGUCAUUGUCAAUGCUUUCCUGAUUGCUUUCACCUCUGACUUCUUGCCGCGUCUGCUCUACCAGUAUAAAUAUGAUAAUCAGCUGCAUGGCUAUGUGAACUUUACCUUGGCCUACUCCCCACCCAGCUACAACCACACAACACAUACCAUGUGCAGAUACAAAGCCUUCCGAGACGAAAAUGGAAACUACACUCUGGUGUACUGGGAGCUGCUGGCAGUCAGACUGGGUUUCAUCAUUGCAUUCGAGCAUGCGGUGUUCUUCGUGCUGCGGGCCAUUGACUGGAUGGUGCCGGACGUGCCCGAGUCCCUGGAGCUGAAGAUCAAGCGUGAGCGCUACCUGGCCAAGCAGGCGCUGGCCGACAACCAGGAAGCACUGCUGGUGAGUCGCCUCUUGGCCUCCAGCCCAGGUCAGUGGACACGGAGACGCACACACACACACACACACACACACACACACACACACACUCAUCGUUGCUUGGCCUGCAGUGCACGCUCCAACCGGGGUCAUCUUCCAUGGAUCCUCCACUCAUUCCAUGCUGGACGUUUCGCGAGUAGCUUUGUGUUAUAGCACGAGCACCCCCCCCCCCCCCCCCGCCCCCAUCCAUAAGCUCUUGUUUUUCUCUUGUCAUGGCUGUCACAUGGCCUACAUCUAAUCAGUCAGUGUGCUAUAUUGUAGCUUUCACUUUUAGUGAGAUCUCAGAAACUCCAAUAAUACUAAGAUUAUUAGUAUACAAAAAUACUAAGAACUGAACCCCACUUACUGAGGAAGUCACAUGCAGGUACAGUAAAUAUAAAUUCCUUGCUGUGUUCCCUCCCAGUUGGGUCGGAGGCCCCUGCUCUCACGUGUUUGAGAACAGAGAUGAAAUCCAGACCUCUCUCUCCAGCCCCUCUGGCUCUUUGGCUGCUCUGACUUCAGCUCCCAUUUCACUGCCUCCGCCAGGUUUCCCUUCGUUCGUGAAACGCCAUCUUCCCCCCCAAGCUCUUGCAUGCACCCCUUUUCUCCCUCUACCCAUAAGUCUGGAAACAACCGCGGCACACAGCUAAAGCGUAUUUUUCGUUGAUUUCGAUGACGAGUUUUCUGUUAUAAUUUCGAGGUAUAUUUGGGGUCACUGUGCCUCCUCGUGCUCCAGUUCAGGUGACCUGCAUAUCUUCCCAGGCCUCUCCAACCACCAACCCAGUUUACAUGCUGCCUGCAUCCGUCCCAAUCAGAAAUAACUUUUGGAAAGCCGCUCUCCCAUCAGUCCUGGUCCGGAUGCAUAUUUAGCUGCCAUUUCUAGGGCAUGCCCAGAGAUAGAUGCUUUGAUAGACUUUACUCAUAACUAGCAGGAGGUGAAAGAAAAUAUGACUUUUUAGGGGCACAUUUCAAGCCCAUGGUGAAACAUGGUUUGCUGCAGUUACAAUAUGAAGAGACAGUCAAAGUCAUACAAAAUAAGUGUCACAUUUUACGGGUAAACUUCCAAAAGACCAAGGCUUGACCGUCCAUGCUACAGCACAUUUUGACUACUGUUCUAUCUUAUCAGCCUCCUCUGAUAUUGCUUUGGUCGUCUCCUUAUACAAUAACACAGUGUGUUACAGCUGCAGAUCACCAAGCCAUUCCAUGUUUUUGUUAUCAUCGGUUUUUUUUUUUUUUUUUAAAUGUGCCAUCAGUGGCGUACUGUGCUGUGCCUUGGUGUGUGUGCGUGUGUGUGUGUGUGGGAGUGUGUGUCCGUCCGUCCCCGUGUCCUGACCAUUACACUGUGUUUAUCGUGAUGCCUUACUCUCUGUUGGUUCUGGUGUUCACUGAGCGGUCAUACCUAACCAGGUGAGUACAGGGGCUGGGGUGAGUAGAGUUAUUCUCUCAGGCUGUCAUCAUGAAAGAUCGACUUCUCACUCUUGUGUUAACUACAGAAUACUAUAGUCUCAGGUACCCUUGUAUUUCUUACAUUUUAGAUUUUGACUGGCAGUUUGAUAACUGGUAUUACUACCAGUUUUACAACUGUAAAAGUAUUAUUCUACUCCAUAACAUAAUAUGUUAUUAUCCUAAAUCUUGUGCAUUAUAUUAUGUUCAUGUACAACAGAAAGUACACCUGAAAUGGUGUUUUCUUUAUUCUGACUUUGGUCCCUUUGGACUCUUUCUUUGCCGGUGCUGCUGCAUUCACCCCCACUGUGCCUCCACCUUGAAGCAAGCAACACACCUGGCAAACUGAGGCAAGCCUGUAGUGAGGGCAUGCGUCCAGCAGAGGGCAGCAUCGCAAAGGGAGGACCUAACGUCUCCAGCACUGAUUCGGCUGGGACGCCUUAGCAGUUCUGCUGUCUG